CCCUGAGAUCUACCAAUGGGAACUUACUACAGUGUUGUGGGUGGGGGCGGGACCGGGGGCUGAGCCAGAGUGCGGGCGGGAGGGCGAGAGGAAGGCGGGAGGACGCUGCCGGCGGGCACGGAGGGGCUCGGAGCGGCGCUGCUCGGAUUGCUUGGGUCCGGUUCGACCCGGCCCCGAGUCAGCAGCGCACCGAGGGCUCUUCGCAGGGCCCCGGUGCGCUGCGUGAAGGAGCAGCAGAGGCGGGUGGCACCACCAUGACAACAGAGAAGAGCCCAGCGGCAGACCCCGAGAACUCAGAGCAGCAGCAGGCGAAGGAGGACGAAGGGGCUGCCAACACACAGAAGCAGGAGGCAUCCCCAGAGCAGGGGUCGGGGCCCAAGCAGAAGGCAUCCAACGGCAACACGCCCGCGGCUGAGGAGCAGGGCCGGAAGGAGCGCCGUGCCUCCGAGGGCCGGGGCCUCUCCCGCCUCUUCUCCUCCUUUCUCAGGAGGCCCAAGUCCCAGGUGUCUGAGGAGGACAAAGACACCGAUGUGCCCAAGGAGGGCGGUGGGGACCAGAAGGACUCGGGGGUAGGAGCCAACCCUGAUGAGGAGGAGAUCCUGGUGAAGGCCCCGAUUGCAGCUCCCGAACCGGAGCUGAAGACUGAUCCAUCUCUUGACCUCCACUCCUUAAGCAGUGCAGAAACACAGCCUGCGCAGGAGGAGAGGAGGGAAGAGCAGGAAUCGGACAGCAAAGACCUCGAGGGCAAGGAAGGAGGUGAAGGGAAGGAGGAGAGCGCUGAGGCAGAGCUGAAGCCAGAGGCUGCAGAGCCCAAAGCAGACAAGGAUCUGAAAGCUGCCCAGAGAUCCAUAAGAAGACACAGAAACAUGUAUUGCAAAGUUGUCUUGCUGGAUGACACCAUCUUUGAGUGUUCUGUGGAUAAACAUGCCAAGGGGCAGGAUCUACUUAAGAAAGUCUGUGACCACCUUAAUCUCCUGGAAGAAGACUAUUUUGGUUUGGCCAUAUGGGACAUGCCAACCUCCAGGACGUGGCUGGAUCCUACCAAAGAAAUAAAAAAACAAGUUCAUGGAGGACCCUGGGAUUUUACUUUCAAUGUCAAGUUUUAUCCUCCGGAUCCUGCUCAGCUGACAGAGGAUAUAACGAGGUAUUACUUGUGUCUUCAGCUUCGACAAGACAUCAUCUCAGGGCGGCUGCCUUGUUCCUUUGCAACUUUGGCUCUGCUGGGUUCCUACACAGUGCAGUCCGAGCUGGGGGACUAUGAUCCUGAACUACACAGCACAGAUUACAUCAGUGAAUUCAAACUGGCUCCAAACCAGACCAAAGAGCUUGAAGAGAAGGUUGUGGAACUUCAUAAAACAUACAGAUCCAUGACUCCAGCCCAAGCAGACCUGGAAUUCCUUGAGAAUGCAAAGAAGCUGUCAAUGUAUGGAGUUGACCUUCACCACGCCAAGGACUUGGAAGGAGUGGAUAUCACUCUGGGAGUCUGUUCCAGUGGCCUUCUUGUUUACAAAGAUAAGCUGAGAAUCAACCGCUUCCCUUGGCCCAAAGUCCUGAAGAUUUCCUACAAACGCAGCAGCUUCUUUAUUAAGAUUCGCCCAGGGGAGCAAGAGCAGUAUGAAAGUACAAUUGGAUUCAAGCUACCAAGUUACCGGGCAGCAAAGAAGCUGUGGAAAGUAUGUGUUGAACAUCACACAUUUUUCAGGCUGACUUCGACUGAGGCCAUCCCCAAGAGCAGAUUCCUGGCUCUGGGCUCCAAGUUCCGUUACAGUGGGCGGACGCAGGCGCAGACCAGGCAGGCGAGUGCCAUGAUUGACAGACCUGCACCCCAGUUUGAGCGCACAGCGAGCAAGAGGGCCUCCAGGAGCCUCGAUGGAGCUAAACGUGCGACUCAAAAAGUUGAGUUCAGAGCCGUAGAGGAAGAGAAGCAGGAGGAGGUGGUGGUGGUUGAGGUUCCCGAACCAAAACCCGUGGAUCAGUUCCGAGAGAAGCCAGCCACACAUGCCUCUGGCACUGUUGAGAUAAGCCCAGUAGAAGAAGAGGAGGAGGAGGAGGAAGAAAAAUUGGUGGUGAUGGGAGAACUAAAACCAGCCCUGAAGGAGCCAGCUGUGGCAGUGAUAACACCUGAGAGGAGCCCACGGCCCACCUCUGCUCCUGCCAUCGCCCAGAGCCACGUGGCUGAGGCAGCCCCAGCUAAACCUGAUGCCAAGGAAGCCCUCGCUGCAUCAAAAGUAGAAAAGGAAGCACUGAAAGUUGAGGCGAAGCGUGAGGAGGUCCUCCCAGAGAGAGCCAAAGCAGAGCAAGCUGAGGCAUCUAAGAAGAGAUCAAAGAGACUAGAUGGUGAAAACAUUUAUAUCAGGCAUAGCAAUUUAAUGUUGGAGGAUCUAGAUAAGACCCAAGAAGAAAUAAAGAAGCAUCACGCCAACAUCAGCGAGCUGAAGAAGAACUUCAUGGAGUCUGUCCCCGAGCCUCGCCCGAGUGAAUGGGACAAACGUUUGUCCACUCACUCCCCGUUCCGAACACUCAAUGUCAACGGGCAGAUUCCGUCGGGAGCGGAUGGACCACCCCUAGUGAAGACACAGACAGUCACCAUCUCAGACGUGUCCAAUGCUGUCAAAAGUGAAAUUCCAACGAAAGAAGUUCCCAUUGUUCACACGGAGACGAAGACCAUCACCUACGAAGCUGCACAGACAGAUGGUGGCAAUGGAGAUUUGGACCCUGGCAUCCUGCUCACUGCUCAGACCAUCACAUCAGAGACCACCAGCAGCACCACCACCACACAGAUCACCAAGACUGUGAAAGGUGGCAUUUCAGAGACACGGAUUGAAAAGAGGAUUGUCAUCACAGGAGAUGCAGAUGUGGACCAUGACCAGGUCCUAGCUCAGGCCAUAAAGGCAGCGAAGGAGCAGCACCCGGACAUGUCGGUGACCAAAGUGGUUGUGCACCAGGAGACUGAGAUUGCAGAGGAGUAGCAGGGCUGAGAAGUGUUCUUUCCAGAUGAUACCAGGAAAUAAAAUGGAGCAAAACUACAAAACAACUACCUGGAGCACAGAGACCUCAGAGCUACACGACUUUAUCCUCAGAAACUGAACAUUCAUAUCACUUAGCAGGAUUUACGCUUCAACAUUUUACUUGGGAUUGUCCAGAAUGCACUGGAUCCUAUUGGAUAUAGUUUGUUGGUUGUUUUAUAUAUAUAUAUAUAUAUAUAUAUAUAUAGUGACAAACAGUAUGCCAUAUUUCUAACUGUACUAAAUAUUUUUACAGGUUUUCAAUUUUGCAUUCCCUUUCACAGCUUCUUCAAAUGCAGGCUCAGACACAACCCGCAGGGCUCUUAGGGUUGCUUGGUGGGUUUUUCUUGGUUGUUUUUGUUGUUGUUGUUGUUGUUUUAAGUCUUAUUCCCUCAGCCUGGUUAGGCAUCAUGGAGGUACAGCCACAUCAGAGCAUAUCCUGACUGCAGGAUUUGUACACACGUUCAGAAAGCAAUGGGUCCUUCUGCCAGAAGAGCCACUUGAAAAGGUCAGACUUGAGUUUGUGCAGCAUUUCCAAUUAAUUACCUCCAUUUGUAGCUGGUAGGCAGUGUGAGACUCCUGCAGAACACCCAGGCACAGAGCAGGGCUUCUACUUUCACCAUGAGCUUCAUAGAACCAUUAAGGUUGGGAAUCUCAGAUCACCAUCCCAACCCCCCCAUGCCCACCCAAUCCUCAUCCUUUGGACUUUCCUCACUUUUGGGUCUUGGACCCCCAUUGUCUGAAUGCAGUAGGGUUGUGUGGUGUAACAUAUAUGCACACAUCCUCGUAGUUGGCUAGCUUAAGGAAUACUGGAAGUUGCUUCAAGUACCUUAAUACUGUGAAUUCUAGAGCUUUAAGAGGACUGUGGUAGAUACUUCCCUUCUCCCAUGCAUCCCUGCUGAGUGCUCCCUGCCUGGUUGUGUUUUCUAGAUGUCAUUAAAUUAAAAAACCCUUAGAAGUGUGCGUUUAGGAUGUUUGGACUCUGGAUGCUAUUAAGAUAGUCUUAUGCAGCAUUCACAGUAACUGAUUUUCAGUGUCAUAGUUUUUCACUUGUUGGUGUUCUUAAUUUUUAAAUGAGUUUUUUUUCCCCUGUUAUGGGUUGUUUUUGUUUUUUUCCCCCUCCUGGUGCUAUUUAAAGCUGAACACAUUACCCCUAUAUCAGGGCAAGGUGUUGCAUACUGCUUUCAAUUAAUCUAAAAUCCUAUAGCCAGUCCUUCCCCAGGCCCACAGGCUGCACUGGGAGAGGGAACCUUAGGAGGUGUCACAUUGCUGGUUGCAAUAAAGCCAAUUGUGGAAAGCAGUGCAGCACUUUAGGAGUACUGCCUCCCCUCCUGCAUGCUGGGGGAAGGAUCUGUGCUUUGUGGCUGCCUUGCUGGAAUGAAACACCAGGGCUCUUAUCUGCAUCUUAGGGCUGGGCUUACAGACCACAUACAAAAUAUCUUAAAAAUAUAUAUAUAAAAAAAAAAAAAAGAAAGAAAGAAAAGCACAUAAUAUGAAGUUUGUGGAAGCCCCAGCCACCCCUCACACCCAUUCCCAAACCCUUGGCCAUCCCCACUCAGUGGAUGUGAGCCAGGUCUCACUGCUGGUCCCUCCAUGGCUCCCAGUGCUGAGCUCCAUGGGAAUGCUGUCACCAUGCCCUGGUUUCUCCUUCCAGCAUUUAAACACGAUAAAAUAAAGCUGUGUAUAGUCUGCCUAACGCUUGUGAGCAGUAAGAUUUGGAAGAUGCAAUUUUUUAUUAUUUUUUAUUUAGUGUAGUGUGGCACAUAGGUGGCUGAAGGUGUGGAGUGCUCUGCUGCCGCUCCCCAGUCAAGGAUGGAGGAAAAUGGCAAUAAAAACCCCCCUGCUCUCUGCUCUUUUAAACUUGAAUGAUUUGUUUCUGAAGUCACUGGAGUUAGCUGAGGCUGCAGGGACAGCAAACAGCCCUCAGACUGCAUUGCGGCUCCGUGUCACUUCUCAGCUUCAGGUGCACAUGUUAAGCUGUCAGUUUUGAUCGGAGCCCACACUGAGGCUGCUGGAUGUGUGCUGAGAGCCUCGUGGAUGGCAGAGCUGCAGCCUCCCCUCCAGCUGCCCCAGGGCUCAGUGCCCUCCUGGAGCAUCCCAUGCUGCCCAUUAGCUCACACCUUCCUAUGUCCACCUGAGCAGCCCCUCCCUUGCUCCCCUUGCAGCACAGCCCUUCCAUAACGCAGCAUCUCUGCUCCCUGUCCCUUUCCCAGGAGCUGAGUUCUUUGCUCCUGCCUUGCCGGCCUGCUGCAUCUCGUUGGCCAGGAACUGGGUGCACAUUAAGAGAAUUUCAGAGCUUUUCAGUGGUGAAUUAAGCACUUAGAGACACUCAGCAGUCACAAGAGUUGAGGGGAGCACUGUGCAAGGCUGGUGCUUGGCCAGUGGGCGACCUGCAGUCAUGAGAGGCAUUAGCCAAGAGGCUGCACGAGCGUGCAGUAACACAGCUGCAUAUCCUUUUUAAGAGGUGACAGAAUAGAAUAGCUAUUCUUUUUUCCUAUUUUUUUUUUCUUUCUAUUUUUCUUCCUGCAUCUUGGGUGGUUCUUUUCAAGCUGUUCCUCCUCACACUUCCCUCUUUUCACCUCUCGCUUUCCUCGAGCGCUUCAAACAAGACAGAGUUUCCUCCCCAUGGUGAGAGCUCUUGCUGGGGUGGUUUUAGGCAGCAAAGUGCUGCUGGGCACCAGGCAGCUCCUGCCUGUGGGGCUGAAGGCAGCAGCAGGCAGCACUGCUCUGUGCAGCACUGCUCUGUGCAGCACUGCUCCAGCUGUGUGCAGCCCGCACCCCUUCCUGCACCAGGUUGUUAAAGCUCACUGUGUUAGGGACAAAGCAACUAAAGGUCUAUUUUUAUGAAUGUUCCCAGCUCUUCCCACUCCACAAAUUCACCCAGAGACUGUCUUGAUUGUAUAAUAUACAUUAUAUGGAAGCUAUUUAUAUAUGAAUGAAUGUUUUUAUAGAAGGAGCGCAGCUCGUGACCCGUGCUCAUCCAUUAAAUCUGGCUCCAGUCACCAAACAGCAAUUUCUGGGGUAUUACCCACGGACUGUCUGAUUUCUGGUUUAAUGAACUGUGGUUUGCCGAUUUCCUAAUUGUACAAUUACCUGAAGAGGUGGUAGUGCCCUGACCUUAGAGAUUAAACUUGUAAAAAACACACAAAAAAAAAGUUAGUUGAGAUAUGAAGGAGCUUUGUAAAGUUUUUAAGGCAAUGGUGAAUUGUCUAGGCUAGCUGUUUACACUCUUCUUUAUAAAAAUAGAAACUUAUUGGCAGAUCUUUAUAGACUGAAUAGUGAUGGGAGCUGUUAUUUUGGACUUUCAUAGUAAAUCAAAGGGAAAGUUGCCGUAGCAUUUAGACAGACGUAAGUGUUCGGUAUUGCUUCUUGUAUUGCAUUUUUCAAUAAAUUUUCAAACAAAACCACA